CACAACGAUGACCCUCCCACAAACGCCGACGCGCCGCUUGCGUCGCGGACAGCCUGUUGCCACAGAAUCGGCACAGCUUGAUUAUACUGCCAGCUUUUCCACCCACGACCCCGUAUAUAUCCGAGAGGCGGAUGUGUUUCGCGAUCUACGCGACUUGCAGCGCCAAGCUAUUGAAGACCGCGGCGGCCACAAGGCACUGGAAGGGCUACGGACGAAUUUCUACGCGUCUUACAAUCGUGGGAGUGGGGAAGAGGUCGGGAUUAAGCGAGAGAAGAAGGUGUACAGUAAGCAGCAGGCUGCAUUCGAGGAGUUCAACGUCGGCGAUACCGUGCUCGUGAAGACCUUGAGCAAGAACUCAGCCGUGGGCGUCAUUGUGGCGAUAACGAAGGUCUUUUCCGGAGAACAGGAGCGGGGCGCGAAUGUGCUCAUACAUUGGUUUUCGCGGCCGCAAGACCUGGCCAGAUUACGCCCCCAGAGGGACAUGCUGGAGAACGAGAUAUACUAUCAGUUAGAUGGAACGAGUUUGGUCUCUCCCCAUGCCGUACUUGGUCACUGUACUGUCCUCUCACGUCCCAAAACGAACUGGCAUCCCGACGACAAGACCUUCGUCUGCCUUUCAGCGAUCUAUGCGCGCAUGAAUCUCUACUACGAAUUCGAAUGGGAUCUCUUUCGUGAUAAUGCUCUCUCAACAUUGUCGUCUUUCAAAUUCGCUGCCUCGGAGCCCAGUACCUCAAGACUCAUCCAGAACCCCUGGGAUCGCACUGAUUCCUGGGACGUAGCACCCGGGGAGACGCCUGGCACACCAGCGAAGCCGAGGAGCCACUCUAAGUAUACGUUCAUGCGGACUCUCGAGGAUCCGCUCGAAGAGCCGAAAUUGUCUGCGAUUGCCGAAACGGAUGAAGAGGACGACAGACUGGGCUUUGCCGGAAAGAGAAAGCGACGAAGUUGUGAGAACGAAAGGGACGUCGAGCGAACGCGAUAUAAGGCUGGAGGCGAGGACAAGCUGCCCGUCUUGGGUCUGGACCCAAGCACGCCAUCAAAGAAGCGUUCACGACCUGCGGAAAGGCCAUCUUCGGGAGGCGGAAGCGACGACUUUGCACCGUCGGACUAUCAUGACGAGUCAGAACAGGAUGCCAGCGACGGCGUCCUGACGGACGAAGACGCCUCUGUGCCGUCCGACCUUCCCGACUCUGAUGUAGAGUCACAUCCGCACACACCGCACCGUCACGCUAAGGCUGGCUCUGCAGGCUUAUGUACACCGCGCCGUCGCGCGGUGGGCUCCUUCGCGGCGCCGACUCCACAUUCGAAAGCCGCGCUACGUGCGCGCGCAAACCACAAGCGUGCACGGCAGCUUGCCGUGCGUCCACCUCCUGGUCCGGGACAUGCCUCAAUACAGGGCACGAACGGAGAGGAUAUGGACUUUGGCGGAGAGCAAGACCCAUGGCUACGAGCGAUGCAGGUGCUGCACGUCGCGUCGAGACCAGAGGGCAUGGAGGCAAGCGACGAACGAAGCAGGGACAUGCUGCCAUGUCGCGAGGCCGAGUAUGGACGCAUCCUCGGCGCAGUUGAGGAAUUGCUGGAAGAGGGUAGUGGUGGAUGCGUCUAUAUUUCCGGCGUGCCAGGCACGGGAAAAACUGCGACGGUUCACGCUGCCGUGCGCGCGCUAACGGCGCUAUCACAGCAGUCGCUUGUUCCGCCGUUCACCUAUGUUGAGAUCAACGGCCUGCGUAUUCCCGAACCAGGCGCAGCGUAUGGUCUAUUGUGGGAAGCGGUUAGUGGACACGACGCGACCAAAGAUGGACACCUUCGAAUAAGUGGCAAGGAGGCGUUGCGUCGCCUUGGCAAGUGGUUCUCUGGCGGAGGUGGACCCGAUGGUCACGCAACGAUUGUGCUCAUGGACGAGCUUGACCAGCUCAUGACUGCGAAGCAGGACGUCGUUUAUAACUUCUUCAAUUGGCCAACUUUGGUUGGAAGCAAGCUGAUCGUGCUUGCGGUCGCGAAUACUAUGGACUUGCCUGAGCGAGUCAUGAGUGGGAGGGUACGCAGCCGACUAGGUAUGGUUCGUAUCAACUUCCAACCGUAUACGACACCCCAGCUCGAGGCCAUUGUCCGUGCCCGGCUCGCUACUGCGAAGCGCGGGCUGUUCGAGGGCACACCGGACGUCGUCGCCCCUGACGGUAUCAAGUUUGCCUGCAUGAAGGUCAGCUCGAUCAGCGGCGACGCUCGACGGGUGCUCGACGUCUGCCGGCGCGCCGUCGAGCUCGUACAGCCGCAGAAACGUACAGCACGGACGGACGACGUGAAGCAAGUCAUUCGGGACAUGCAAAACAGCCCGACGGCAGCGUACUUGCGUGAGCUGUCGUUCCACGAACGGCUCCUCCUCGCGGCCAUCCUCCGCUGCGUGCGCCGCGAGGGCGUCGACGAGGUGCGGUGGGCUGAUAUCCAGCACCAGCACCUCUUGCACGUCCCCGUGUUGGCGGGCGUUGCAGAUGCGACUAACCGACCGACGCGCGAAGAGCUGCUCAUGGUGCUCGAAUCGCUCGCUGCAUCACGCGCGGUGUUAUGCGAAGACGGGCCGCAGGCGACGAGGAAGUCGGAGGACGAUCGCAGAGUAAUGCUGAACCUGGAGUCCAGCGAAGUGGAGCGCGUGCUUGGCGAGGUGGGCGGGGUGCGUUGGCGGAAUGUGCUGAAUAUUUGAUUAUAAUUGAAAGUGUAGUUGCCUGUUCAGCUGCCUUCUAAUCCACGUACUUGCAGCCGUCUCAAACCAGUCCAUACAUAUUAUAGGACACCUCGGCCUCUUGUUGUGUUUUUGC